AUGGAAGGAACAAUUCCUCCGGAGAUUUCCUUACUGGGGAAAAGUUUGCAGUCAAUCACCGUGAAUCUGCAAUUGGAACUCAAGGGAACCAUCCCCACUGAGUUUGGACUUCUGACAAAAUUGACUGGAUUGGUUUUGAGUACAAUAAGCAUUGAUGGCUCCAUUCCAACCGAGUUUGGUCAACUGCAGAGUCUCCAGAAGCUUCAGGUUCUUGUGACACCAAUUCAUGGGCACAUUCCUUCUGAGAUUGGACUACUGCGCAACUUAUCGUCAUUCCUUGUGGGAACAGCUGAUCUAACAGUACCAUGCGAGCUUUACAAAUUGCCUGGUCUGCAGUCUCUGAUAAUUCAUGAGUGCCCUGGGCUGGAAACUGAAUACAUCCUUCAAGAUGUCAUUCGCAACACAAGACAGCUUCGUAGGCUUAUGCUAUCAAGCCAAAGCAGUGGGACAGCAAUGUCAAUUCCAUCUGAAAUUGGCAAGCUGACAGAACUGAAAUUCCUCACUUUGAGGGACUGGAAAAAUCAGGGCACUAUCCCGAGUGAGCUUGGGCAGUUGACAAAGCUGACCGCCCUGGACUUGCAUGGGAACUCUGUCUCUGGCAUUUUGCCACGUGAGGUCUUUGAACUGACAGAGCUGACAAUCUUUGAUGUUGGCUCCAACCAGUUGGAAGGAGCAAUGCUCCCUGCUCUUUUUUUCAAACUUUCCCACUUGAAGUUCAUAUACAUCAACAACAACCUGUUCUCGGGCACUAUUCCUACUGAAGUGGGUCAACUGUCUGGUCUCAGGAUACUAGAAUUUCAAAGUACCAACCUUCUGGCACCCUCCCUACAGAAAUACUUAUGCUGGAGAACUUGA